GGUUACAACAGUCAGUCUAGAUAUCACGGCGAGAGCAUCGUCUUCAUAGAAAUAACGAAUCAUGGGAUUACUUAACAGUUUUAUCGUUAUUUUAGUUGUCAAAAUAUUAUUUUUAAUAGUGAAUAUAGAGCAUGCAAAUGCUACAGAGUUUAAACUCGGACAUUACCUGUUCGAUAAUAAUAGAGAGGGAAUAUGUACUGAACUUGUCAGUCGGCGGGAAGCAAUAUACUAUUUUGAGCCACAUCCCACGAAAAAGUACCACGUUCGGUGGAGUGUUAACUAUAAAUGUUGCGAAGGUUACGUAGAAUCCGGUUUGAAAUGUGUGCCGCAUUGUUCGCAAUCAUGCGAGGACGGUACCUGCGAGAAGCCGGAUGUGUGCGUCUGCGACGAAGGAUACGAGAAAUCUAUUGACGCGAACGGUAAGGAGUCCUGCAUACCGGUAUGCUCGAAUGGCUGCAUCAACGGCACCUGCUUCGCUCCCGAGCUUUGCAGUUGUAACGAGAACUACUGGCUGGACUCGGACGGAUUCACUUGCCGGCCGAACUGUGAUACGGAAUGUGAGAAGAAUUACGGAUACUGUGCCGAGCCGAAUGUGUGUACGUGCCGUUCCAAUUACAGGAGAGUCGGCAACGACUCCUCCCCGUUUAUGUGCGAGCCCGUUUGCGCUGUCCCGUGCAAGAACGGUCAUUGCGUGGCUCCUAACGUCUGUCAAUGCGCGAACGGCUACGAACCGGACGAAUACGAUCCAAUAUUCACCUGCAAGCCUAAAUGCGACAAGCCAUGCAAUGGCGGAACGUGUACGUCACCGGGGACGUGUACCUGCGACCAAGGCUACAAACUGGUGAAUGAAAGCUUCUGCGAACCGAUCUGCAGCGAGCCCUGUCAGAUGGGCACGUGCGUGGCGCCUGAGAUCUGUGAAUGCAAAGAGGGUUACGAACUCCGUGAGAAUUCCAAAUAUGUAUGCGAAUUAGCGUGUGAAAGUAGAUGUGUCGGUGGUUUGUGUAUUUCCGGAAAUUGCUUUUGUCGGAGCGGAUUUGUUUUUAAUAAUAUGACUAACACAUGUGACUCACUCUGUUCGAAGCAUUGUAAGCCAAAUGGAAGAUGUACCUCGGACCAAACGUGUAUUUGUUCUUAUGGAUAUCGUAGGAAGAUACCGAUUUUUUUCUCAGAAUUCCAUCCGUUGCUCAAAUUAAUAAAGAAACAUGAUGAUGAAGAUUUCUGCGAACCGAUUUGUGACUUCAAGUGCAUCGAAGGGAAAUGCACUGCGCCAAAUGUAUGUACCUGCAAUGAUGGUUAUCUUCCAUCGUGGACUGAGCCUCAAAAUAAUUCAGACGAUCGCAUUUGUACCGAAUUUCGUCCUUGUAAUGCGCUCUCAUGUAAGAUUAACGAGAGGUGCGACAUAUCUGGCAGUUGUGUCUGCAAUCACGGUUACGUGAAGAACGUAUUCGGUGAAGGUUGUGUACCUUCAUGCACUCCACCAUGCAUCAAUAGCAAUUGUACAGAGCCGAAUCGUUGCACGUGCAACGCUGGGUUCACACCACGAAACGAGAAUUUUUGCGAGCCAAUUUGCAAGAGAGGUUGCCAGAACGGUGAUUGCAUCAGUCCGGACCAUUGCAUUUGUCACAAAGAUUUCGUACAAAACGUCUACAAUGAUUCGGGACCACACUGCAUUUCCCCAUGUACUCGCAAUUGCAGUGGACAUGGCGAAUGCGUUAUCGAUCACAACCUCGAUUACAAAUGCGAGUGUCAUUUCGGAUGGACGGGAGAAGACUGCGAUCAACCGUCCAUGUGUGUCACAAUUAUGACCUACGAUCACGGCGAUAUCAACAGAAUCACGAUUCUUAAUGAUACAAAUAGCACAAUCAUGCAAAUCCAGAAGAGCGCGCCAAAUUGUUACCAGUGUAAUGAUUCUCUCAACAAAGAUACUCUGUGUUAUGUGAUACCUUCUGAUAAAGACAAUAUGACUUCUGUCGGGUGCUUACUUAGUACAGAUUUGCCUUGUUACAUGACGUCUCACUAUAAAGUCUCGACUACCAAAAUAAUUUGGCCUUUUGUGAGUAUCGCUAUAUUGUUGAUUAUAGGUCUGACAGUGGCAGCAUUUGUAAUAUAUCACAAACGUCAGAAGAAGAAAUUAACAGGUAUAUCGGCAAACAUUUUCAUACGAGAAUCUUACUGCAGUGAAGUUUUAUUACCUGAAAAUGAGAUGUAACUUUGAAAAAGACAUCAACACGAAAACAAUAAGUUUUGUUAAAAGCAGAUUUUAAUAGUUAUUAUAAUAGUAAUAAAUAUAACAGCGGUCAUAGAAAUAAUAAAUAAAAUGAUAUAUAUUUGUUUGUGACAUCUCCUGUACUUAGAUAACUAACAUUUAUUUAGCCAAUAAUCAUAAUUAAUGAUAAUAUUUUUAUAUUCAAAUUUAUCCUAGCUUAUAUUAUGUCUUUAAACAUAUGUUAUUUACUUUAAACAUAUCAUGUUAUUUUAAUAACACUAGUAAUAACACUAAUAAU